AUGAAUAGAACCACAACUGCUGCGGUUCGAACACCAGCUGGAUAUACUACACCGUUCGAAGUGGAAGCUGGAGUGAGACAAAGGGUUGUGGCUGGACCCUUUCUGUUCAACUUUGUCGUCGAAGACAUGAUGCAAGGAACAGUCAAGCAGUGUCCCGCCGAUGUCAUUUCACAGCCGCCUGCUCGUCUCUUGGUGGAUCUCGAGUACGCCGACGAUGUAUUAUAG